AUGAACGAGUCAUUGGUGGAGCUCAAACCAAUGCCACCUCCUCUCCCUAGAAAGGCUGCACCUAGAUUCAACCCUAAUGAAAGGUGCGAAUAUCAUGCUAAUUCUCCCGGACACACACUGGAAAAAUGUUGGGCUUUCAGACACAAGGUUCAAGACUUGAUAGAGUCAGGGGCAAUCGCCUUCGACAAACCUAAUGUGAAAACGAAUCCCAUGCCUCAUCAUGAUGGCACAGUCAAUGCAAUCGAAGUCGUUACUGAGCAAGAGUUAGUUCAACAACGGAGCUCCCCCAUAGAUGCCCUUAAGAGGUAUCUACAUGCAAAGGGGUUCAUCCUAGAACAUAGCGAAGAUUUUAAGGACACCUUGCAGAGACUCGUGGACCAAGGAGUAAUUCAGCUGAAAGAACAUCCUGAGGAAGAGUAUGUGGCUAUGCUAGAUAGGAAUGAGCCAAUGAUAAUACCCAGUCAAGGGGCAAGGAAGCCACUAAUUAUUCCUUGUUCUAAAGCGCCAUUGCUGAUACCCAUACAAGGGUACACUAGGAUCAUCCCAGUCAGAGCUCCGUACCCUGUGGACAAAAUGAAAGCAGUUCCUUGGGAAUAUAACUCUGGCACUGAUACUGCCGUAACAAACAUUGUUGGGCCUGGGGGCAUGACUCGUAGCGGCCGCAUAUUCAAGACUGCACAACCUAAUGAAAACGUGACGCAAGCCAGCAAUCAGACUACUGCAACCCCAACUGAAGAGGGCAUGGCCAAGGAUAAGGAAGCCACUAAUAAGGACGCUGAGGAGUUUUUGGCGUUAAUCAAAAAGAGUGAUUAUAGGGUGGUGGACCAGUUACACCAGACUCCGUCUAAAAUAUCGCUCCUCUCGCUACUAGUACACUCAGAGAAACAUCGAUACACCUUGAUGAAAAUCCUAAACGCCGAUCAUGUAACCAAAGACAUCACUGUAAACCAAUUCGAUGGAAUGGUGGCUAAUCUCACCGCUGGGGCAUGUUUAGGAUUCAGUCAUCAUGAACUACCUCCACAAGGGAAGGAGAAUAACAAAGCCUUGCAUAUCUCCAUACAAUGUGAGAAAGCUCACCUAUCUAGGGUUCUGAUUGAUACAGGUUCGUCAUUAAACGUGAUGCCAAAAGUUACUCUCGAUAAAAUAGCUUUGGAAGGCCUAGUAGUUAGACCAAGUCGUCUGGUAGUCAAAGCCUUCGAUGGAUCACAAAGUCCGGUGUUCGGAGAAGUGGACCUCCCUGUGGUAGUUGGUCCUCACACUUUUUGCAUCAAUUUCCAAGUGAUGGAGAUUGAACCAGCUUACACUUGCUUAUUGGGACGUCCCUGGAUUCACGCCGCUGGGGCAGUUACCUCCACCCUUCAUCAGAAAAUAAAAUUUGUGGAUGGGAACUCUAUAGUGACCGUCAAUGGGGAGGAGGACAUAUUUGUUAGUAAUCUGGAUUCGUACCGAUACAUUGAGGCCGGAGAAGGGACACUAGAAACUGCGUUCCAAGCACUAGAAAUUGCGACUGCUAUCACAUUGCCUUUUCAAAACUGCGAUUUAUCAUAA